AUUCAAGAUGAUAUGGAUAAUUUUGUCGUUGACUUUAUUCCUACUUUGUCUAAAUUUGACCAAAAAUUUCAAUUAUUGGAAAAAAAAAGGAAUAAAAUAUAUUACACCAUAUCCUUUUGUUGGAAGCAUUAUAGACAUUUAUUUGCUGAAGCAAAGUCCAGCUCAAAUGGCUGAAGAUAUUUAUAAAAAAUACCCAAAGGAAAAAGUCAUUGGGUUGUUUCGAUCUUCUCAGCCUAUGCUCAUAGUCCGAGAUCCCACAAUAAUGAAGAGGAUAUUUAGCACGGAUUUUCAAUACUUUUAUUCUCGAGGCCUGAAAAUUCACAAUGAAGAGCCAAUGCUCCGGAAUCUAUUUUUUGCGGAUGGGGAUCUAUGGCGCUCGCUGCGAAAACGUUUGACGCACGCUUUUACCAGUGCGAAGCUUCGUGCAAUGUAUCCGCUAAUCGAACAAGUUGCUGUGCGGCUCCAAAAGAAAGCUGUAGAUAUAUCUGAAGAAAAUGGGAUAUUCGAUGCAGAAGAGUUCAUGGCUAGCUACACCACUGACGUCAUAGGCAGCUGCGGCUUCGGCCUCAACGUGGACUCCAUAAACAACCACAAAUGUGCUUUCAGAAAUCUCAGUAAACGUUUGUUUAAAUUUGGUGUACGAGAAAUAUUCUUUAUGAUUUUAAAAGAUAAUUUACCGCAAAUAUUCGGAAACUUGAAAUAUUUUCCCGAAGUAGAAGAGGAUAUAAUUAAAUUAGUGAAAGAAAUCCAGAAAAAACGUAACUUUACACCGUCUGGCAGGAAUGACUUUAUGGACAUUAUGAUUGAGUGCAAAAAGGAAGGUGCCAUCACUUGUGAAUCUAUAGAACGGACUGAAAGCAACGGCAAGCCAACUACAACUACAUUAGAAAUCACUGAUGAACUAAUUGCUGCUCAAGCGUUUAUAUUCUUGGCCGCUGGAUACGAGACAUCGUCUUUCGUGACGAGUUGUACGCUGCACUACCUGUCGCACAAUUCAGAUUAUCAGAGAAAGAUUCAGCAACAGUUAGACGAAGUUCUAGAAAAACAUGACAACCAACUGAGUUUCGAAGCUGUAAAAGAGAUGACAUAUUUAGAGUGUGCGAUGAAGGAGACGUUAAGAUUGUUACCUGCGGGAGGAUUUCUAACUCGUGAAUGUGUGAAGCCAUACUAUAUUCCUGAAAUAAAUGCGACGAUAGACAAGGGUGUGUUGAUAAUACUUCCCAUACAGGGCGUGCACAGGGAUCCUAAAUAUUAUGCGAGUCCUGAUGAGUAUUUACCAGAUCGCUUUUUAUCAAAUGACAUUGGAUCACAGGAGGGAUACACUUAUUUCCCGUUUGGUGCAGGUCCUCGAAUGUGUAUUGGUGAGCGUUUGGGCCAAACUCAAUCGAUAGCCGGAUUGGCAGCCAUAUUAUCGAAAUGCUCAGUGACGCCUGCUCCUAAUACAAGGAGAGACCCCAAAAUUAGCCCUUUACCAAAUAUUGUUCAAAGUAUUACUGGAGGUCUACCACUUGUAUUCAAAAAAAGGACAUCACUAGUCUCCUAG